GUACAAUUGUGCCUUAUUUGCGUCCUUGCUGCUAAGCAAUCGGUCAGAAUCCAUUAUUUGUUGCGUUUGUGAGACGAUGGCUGAGAGCUAAUAUGCCCCGAUUUGGACUUGGUUUGCAGAUGAAAGGAGGACCAAGGAGAGAAAACAGAUACAAGGUGUCAUGCAAUCGGCACCAUUCCAUCAUAUUGUUGGUUGGGUGGGCGGCUUGCGAGCGGAGUUUGGGCAAUAAUGGGUGCAUUUUAAUAUUAGGAAACAUUAUUGUCUGGCAACUGGUGCUGAUGUUGGUCCUGGUGCUGGUGCUGGUCCUGGUGCUGGUGCUGCUGCGCGUGUCUUCUUCAGGAAAGGUUUUGGAGAUUCCUGACAGAAAUCGAGAUGAGCAACCAAGGGAAAUGCUAUUUUGCACUGCACUGGAAUGUGCUGACACCAUUUGUUAUCAUUUUGGGCAAGAACUGUGCCAGUCCGGUAGGUUUUUUUGUGCUGGCGACAUGCAAGUUUUGUAUUUAAGCAACUCCGAUCCUCACUAUUCCCGUUUUUAUUAUUCUUACCUAGAGUCCAGUACCUGUUACCUGCCCCGCCAUUUUCACCAAUAUUCUCAUUUUUAUAUCAUUAGACACUUACUUGUAGCCCACUCCGCAUUACCAAUCUCCAUCAUCAAACCUCAUAAAAUGCCUGCCACCACCACUCACAUAUCCGCCUCUGCUGCCUGGGCCCAUGCGCAGCCCCUCCUCGUCAGUAGUGACCGCGAGUGCACCUGCAUCCUGUGCAAGGGCGGGUGCGAAAUCUAGACACAUUUGCAUUGUGGAGUCAUCCCCGUCUUCAUGUCACUUGGGGAGUGUAGCCCAAAGCCUUAAAAAUAGCAAAGUCGGUGUCAAAUGGCAGCGACGCAUCGCAGUGUACAAUAACAAAUCUUCUCGGCAUUCUGGCGUAUAGACACAGUAUACUUCUUCAUUUUCAUUAUCGCCAUCUUCACCAUCAUCAUAUUUUCCUAACCGCCGCUGAGCUUGGGAGUUCUCGACAUUCUGUUUGUCCGAUCGUGUCUGCUCGACUAAAAAAAAAAAUAAAGACCUUUUUGUC